CAAUUUGUGCAAUAUAGACCAUACUGAAACGACCGGUCACUGUGGGGACGGAUUGACAGCAGAUGGGCCAGAAGAUGAGCACUGAGCCUUUGACUCGUGCUGAGGUGUUUGGACAGCUCAGGAAGGAGCUCUAUGGAGAGGAGCAGCCAACUCAUUCCAACACUCACAUAUUCAUCGUACUGGGAGCGUCUGGAGAUCUUGCUAAAAAGAAGAUCUAUCCAACUUUAUGGUGGUUGUUCAGAGAUGGCCUGCUCCCAGAUGACACAUACUUUGUGGGUUUUGCCCGGUCUGACCUGACUGUUGAGGACAUCAAAACUGCAUGUCUGCCUCAUAUGAAGGUCACUGAUGAAGACAGCAAGUGUCUAUCAGCCUUCUUCAGUAAGAAUUCCUACCUGAGCGGCAGGUAUGAUGACGGCAGCUCCUUCGACCAACUCAACAACCUCCUGUCAUCUCUGCCUGGAGGAGCCGACGCCAACCGGCUCUUCUACUUGGCUCUGCCGCCCAGCGUCUACCACCAUGUCAGCGCCAACAUCAGACACCAAUGCAUGAGCCACAAAGGUUGGAACAGGGUAAUUGUUGAGAAGCCCUUCGGUCGUGACCUCCAGAGCUCACAGGAGCUGUCAGCCCACCUUUCCUCCCUCUUCACUGAAGACCAGAUUUACCGCAUAGAUCACUACCUGGGGAAAGAGAUGGUCCAGAACCUCAUGGUGCUCAGGUUUGGGAAUCGCAUUUUCGGACCCAUAUGGAACAGGAACAGUGUGGCCUGUGUGGUCCUCACCUUCAAGGAGCCUUUCGGCACUCAGGGCCGUGGAGGAUACUUUGAUGACUUUGGAAUCAUUCGAGAUGUCAUGCAGAACCACCUCCUCCAGAUGCUCUGUUUGGUUGCAAUGGAGAAACCUGCAUCCACCAGCCCAGAUGAUGUGAGGGAUGAAAAGGUGAAGGUGCUGAAGUCUAUAGCUCCGGUUACGAUGUCAGAUGUGGUGCUCGGCCAGUAUGUCGGAGAUCCUGAGGGGGAGGGGGAGUCGAAGUUGGGUUACCUGGACGAUCCAACUGUACCUAAAGGCUCCUGCACACCAACGUUUGCCACUGCAGUGCUCUACGUCCAGAAUGAAAGAUGGGACGGAGUUCCUUUCAUUCUGCGCUGUGGUAAAGCUCUAAAUGAGCGGAAAGCAGAGGUUCGUCUGCAGUUCACCGACGUGCCAGGAGACAUCUUCGGAGAAUGCUGUCAGAGGAACGAGCUGGUGGUUCGGGUGCAGCCAGACGAGGCCAUUUACCUGAAGAUGAUGACCAAGCGGCCUGGAGUUUAUUUCAGCCCAGAGGAGACGGAGCUGGACCUCACCUACAAGAGCAGAUACAAGAAUGUGAAGCUCCCAGAUGCGUAUGAAAGACUGAUUCUGGACGUCUUCUGUGGAAAUCAGAUGCACUUUGUCCGCAGUGAUGAGCUGCGGGAGGCCUGGAGGAUCUUCACCCCUCUGCUCCACCAAAUAGAAGGCGAGAAGACAAACCCCAUUCCCUACACUUACGGAAGUCGGGGUCCCAGUGAAGCAGACGAUCUGGUAAAGAGGGCCGGGUUCCGCUAUGAGGGAACAUACAAGUGGGUGCAGCCCCACACAGCCUGAUGCUUUCCGUCACACACACACUCACAUACUCAUGAAAACAGUAACAGCACUGUAAGAACAUUUACACACAAUAAAGCUUACUCCAGUCACUGCUGUACCACUGUGAUUUUGUCUGCAUGUACAAAGGAAACACUUCUUUUUACCUCUAAUCAUACAAGAAUGAAUGUAGAGUUAAAACAAAAACUGUAACAGCCUGAUCUGACCUGUAAAUCUGAAGUUUCUGAAUAAAUCACGAUUCACUUUUUUGCCUA